AUGUCGUUUCGGGCGCCCAAACGUCGGCACGCGAAGUCUACACGUUUUAUUAAGGAUUCAGAUUCCGAGGAUGAAGGUCAAGCCACCUUAACAGACUUGAAAAACAAUACUUCAUCCAAUCUUUCAGUAGAGGAGGCAGUAGAGUGUAUAAGGACAUGGCAGAACUUCCGUAAACGACGCUCUGGCGUCAGUGCGGAGUCUCUCUUUGUUGGGAAAAAGAUAGAACCAGAAGUUCUCAUAGAAGACGAUCCAUUUAAAAUGAAAACGGGUGGUCUGGUUGAUAUGAGGGGCGCUUUUCGUAAGCCAAUGAAGGAGGAGUUCGAGGACGUGGUUAGACUUUCCAGAACAUUUACUGCGGAAACCAAUAAAAGAGACGAGGAUGCUGAUAUGUUAAAAUACAUCGAAACGGAAUUGGCGAAACGAAAAGGAAUCACAAAGACUGAAGCAGAAGCCCCCAAAACUGUGAUCGACAAUAUUCUCUCGGAGAUUCCCGAGGCCCUGAAACCCAAGAUGGGUCAACACUCAGAGGAUAUGUUGUCAAACCAGAUGCUUUGUGGCAUCCCCGAGGUCGACCUCGGCGUGGAGUCUAAGAUGCGCAACAUUGAGGCCACGGAGGAGGCCAAACAACGUCUGCUGAAGGAGCGCCUUACCCAACGCCAGAAAAAAUCCUCCGACGACUUGGCCCCUUUCAACAUGUCUGUCAACUUCGUCCAGCACAGUCGAUGGAAUAACUACGUUGACCAGACGCUGCACCGCGAAUUGACCGUCCAACUGAACGACAAUCCCGACCGUCCAGAUGUGCCCGAGAUGCCGUCCAUUGCAGAUCCUCCCACUAUAGAAGUCGAAAAACGACGAUUACAGGCUGAGAAGUCUACAGAUGCAAAGGUGCUUCAGCGCUACAAGAAUUACAUGCAGAACAAACGGGGAAGAUGA